AAUUUGCUCAGCGUUUAAAGGAGAAUAAUGUGCAAGCUAAAGGGAAUCGCUUUUCUUUGUCUCCUCUUCGCACUGGGUGUGCAGAGCAAGCUCAGUCAAUGGUCGGAUAUCUGUGCGUUUGAAACGGAUGGUACUCGUCUGCCUUUACCUCUGGAUUGUAAACGGUUUGUGCUCUGUCUAGAACGGGAAGUGGCUGAAAUUCGUAGCUGUCCACGUGGUCUACAUUUCAAUCCGAAACUGGGUGAAUGUGAUUUUCAAUGGAGGGCCGACUGUAGCGGCCUCUCGCUUUAUGCAACCACCGACAACGAUGAGGACUGCGCUUGCACCUGUUGUGCCGAUGAGUGCAGUUCCAGCGAGCCGACAGAUCCCACACCACCUUGCAAUCCAGAGGAGGAAACCACAAACUCCAACGAGGAGGAAUCCACCACCGAUUCGAGCAUUGUUACUGAAUCACCCGAAGAGGCUAGCACUGGUACCUUCGAUACGGAUCCAUCCGAUAGCAGCAGUCAGACGCCCCCAAUUGAGAGCAGUACACAGAGCCCGAAUCCUUCGGAUAGCACAAGUCAGAGCCCACCAGCAGAGAGUAGUACCCCUCAGUCCCCUCCAGUACCAAGUAGUACCAGUGCUCCAUCUGACAACCAGGUACCAGCUUAUUGUGCCGACAAGCGUGCCGCAUGUGCCAAUCAACCGGAUGGUGCCAUGGUUCCCGUUGAAGGCGUCUGCACAAAUUACUUUCAAUGCAGUCAUGGCUGUUGCAAGGAGUUCAUUUGUCCAGGUGGCUUGUACUUUAAUUUCAAGACAAAUAACUGUGACUAUUUCUGGAAUGUGCAAUGUGAGCCAUUGUCAUCUCCUGAUGCAGGUGGUGAGAUUGCUGGUCCAUCGGGCACAACCUGUACCAGUUCAGGUGUUUGCGAAGGAAAGCGUGAUGGCAUGAAGUUUGCUGAUCCCGAUUCGAAUGGUUACUUUGUUUGCCAGUGUCAAUGUCCCAUUGCGAUGACAUGCGAUCCGAAGACAACGUUCAAUCAGGAGGCGCAGGUUUGCGAUUGGGACACUUCUGUGAUCUGUCCUGAUGGAUUAGUCUACAAUGCCACCUCCAAGCAGUGUGACUAUCCAGAGGGCUACGUUCCUCAGGUUGAAUGCGAUAAUGACAGCACCGUAUGCCAGGGUCAGCCAGAUGGCACUCUUAUGCCCAUAGAUGGUGUCUGCAAUAAGUUCUACAAGUGCAGCUUCAAUUGUGCAGUGGAAAAGAUCUGUCCAAACAAUUUGGUCUAUGACCCCGCUACAAAAAUUUGUGAUUAUCCACAAAAUGUCGAUUGCCCCUGGCCCUAUACGCCACCGUCUGGUCCGAAUGCAGGACCCUCUGGUAUUUCGUGUGUGAAUCCCGGUCGCUGUCUGGGACAACGCGAAGGAACUUUCCUACCUUCAUUGACAAGCUGCAGUGGCUAUUCGGUCUGUCAGUGCGAGUGUGAGAUUGAAAUGCAGUGCAAACAAGGCUUAUAUUGGGAUUCAGUGUUGAAAACUUGCAACUAUGAAUCCAACGUGAAAUGUGACCUCUAAAAUGUACGUUACUAUAUAAAUAAAUAUACCAAGUUUAUCAAA